AUGAUCUACUCUAAGGAGCACCUGACUCUAACCAACAAGGUAAAUUGAGAUUCAAAUUCAAGGAAAUGAAUUUAAUUUGACUGAUUGUUUAUGUGUUUCAUUAAUGUCAUAUAUCUGAAUAAUGUUAUUAAUGACUCUCCUCUUCUUGCAGCUAAGAAGCCAGUGGUGAAAUUACACAGAGAUCGUAUCAACAGCAGCAUUGAGCAGCUCAAGUCUUUCCUGGGUCCAGAGAUCCUCAAUCAGCAGCCUGAAGCUGGAGAAAGCUGACAUCCUGGAAUUGACAGUUUGCUUCCUGAGAGGACAGCAACAGUAUCGACCAGUGAGUUCAUCCUCCUGCUCAGCACCUGUCAAUCAGGGUUACUCCAGGUGUGUCCAAGAGAUUGUGCACUUCCUGUCCAAGUAUGUGAAGACAGAGUCCCAAAAAAGACUGCUGAGCCACUUCCAGAGCCUGCAGCCAUCCUCUGAUAAGAACCGGAGGGAGAGUGACCUGCCUCAGCUCAGCUCCCCAACCCAGCACAGUAUCAGCAAAGACAAGAGUCCUGCAGACUUAAGCUCCACUCUCAGACAAACACAAUGGACCAUAUUGGUCUAA